AUGGAGAAAGAUGAGUUGAUCAAACUUCCUGCUUCCAGUAACUGUGUCCAUGGAAGUGGGACUGAUGAUCGAAAUGAAUCGGAUCUUGAAGCCAUUGAAUCUGAUUGUCUUCCUCCAAACUCUGAGUUAAAAGCCAAGAUUCAUGAGGAGGAAGCUGGAACAUUAUCGAAUGAUGAUGAUGUGGACAUGUCAAUUUCAAGUGAUGAGGAGAAUUCGGAUCGUAACACCCCUGUACUAAAAAAAGUUGAUGUAGAAACAUCGGGUUCUGCUGAAGCAGUUGUAAAAAUGACACCUGUCAGCCACGUGCAUGCUGAAAAUGGAUCUCUAUCAGUCCAGCAAGAAAUUAGUUUCAACAAUCAGAAGAACAAUGAAACUCUUGUAUGUAAAGAGGAGACAAAUUCUAACUCUGUAAGUGGUGUGAAGAGACCCCGAAUAUCUGGUGAUGAGCACCAACCUUCAGUGCGUGUGAUCUAUAGUUCUUUGCCGAGAGAAAGCAAACUAAAACUUGAAGAGCUAUUGCAGCAAUGGUCUAAAUGGCAUUCAGAAAAGUGCUCAUCAUCAAAUGAUCUUGGGCUGGAAUCGGGAGAAGAGACCUAUUUUCCAGCUCUUCGAGUUGGCUUGGACAAGCCUUCAGCGAUAACCUUUUGGUUGGAUAACCAAAAGAAUGUACAGUCAAGCAAGGACUUCAAACUACAGGAUAGCACUUCAGUUCCUCUUUAUGAUCGUGGAUAUUCUUUAGCUUUGACCUCUGGUGAUGAUCCCAGUAGCUUGGAGGGUGGUAUGGAGAAGUUGGAUACUUCACGUUGUUUCAACUGCAGUUCUUACAGCCAUGCUCUAAAAGAUUGCCCUAAACCUCGCAAUAGUGUUGCUGUUAAUAAUGCAAGGAGAGAACACAGGUCCAGACGAAAUCAAAAUUCCAGUUCUCGUAAUUCGUCGCGAACGAGAUAUUACCAAAGUUCUCGUGGGGGAAAGUAUGAUGGUUUGACACCAGGCGUGCUUGAUGCCGAAACAAGACGAGUCUUGGGGCUUGGGGAACUUGAUCCACCUCCAUGGCUUCAUCGAAUGAGAGAAUUAGGUUAUCCACCUGGCUAUUUAGACGUGGACCAUGAGGAUCAACCUUCGGGUAUCAUAAUUUUUGGCGAGGAGGUAGAAAAGGAAGAAGGUGAAGAAGGAGAAAUCCUCGACACGGGCCCCACCGAAAUCUCCAAGAAAAAGAAGACCAUUGACUUCCCCGGAAUAAACGCCCCAAUCCCGAAAAAUGCCGACGAGUGGCUGUGGGCACGAAACCCUUCAUUUGCCAACCUGUCCGGAUACAAUUCACAACGCCGACAUAAUAAUCGAACGUACGAAAAUCUCAACACAAGCGAGCGAAGGUGGUCGAGGGACUUGGAUGAUGAUGGGCCUCCGGGCUGCGAGCCCGGGACCAGCCCAUCUCUUUCUAAUCACUUCCCUAGGUAUGGUGAUCAUGAGUAUGGGCUUAGCCCGAGCUACAGCAGGCCCAUGUCAGAUAGGGGUAGGAGGAGCCCACGGGUGUAUGAUGGAACUUCCCCAAGCCAGGGGCAUUAUGAUAAUCUCUCGUAUACUUCUCCAAGGUGA